CCCCACCCUCUCCCCUCCUUUUCAGUCCGCUAGUCCUGUUUCACAGCCGGGCUGACCGACGCCUAUUCCCGGGGAACAAUCAUCGUAUUCUUCUUCUUCAUUCCCAGAGAGGGAUGGAAAGACAAAAGUAAUGGAUUGAGAGUAGAGAAAUGAGAGGAAACUCGACUGGAAUCCCAAGAUAAAAUAAAUGUUUAAAAAAACCACAAACAAAAAUUCAAGGAAAGAAACUAACAAGAACGCUAGAAGUACAAGUUCGAUAGUCGGAAAUAUUCUCGACCAUUCCUCCUUUGAUCCCUCAUUUCCAUUUUUGUUUUAAAAGACUUUUCGUGAAUAAUGCGGACGAGCGUCGGAGAUACAGAGGCCGGACCAUAAAGAAACAGACACGGACAUUGACUCAUCCGUACGGAAAGGCAACUUGGUUUCUCUUGUACGACGCCAUUGGUACUCAAGAUAAGUUGUACUUGCCAGAAAACUGUGUUUUGUCAGUUUUAUUAACGUAUUUACUCCUCACAACUGCGAGGGACUUCUGAUUCGUACCUGCGUGGAACUUCUGACUGAACAUGGUGACAUGGCUGAGCGACUGGUUCUGGCAGGAGCGGCUGUGGUUCCCCGAGGGCCUGGGCUGGGCCGACCUCCAGGACCGCGACGGCCGGGUCUACGCCAAGGCGUCCGACCUGUGGGUCACCGUCCCCCUGGCGCUCUGCUUCCUGCUCAUCCGGCAGGUCUUCGAGAGGACGGUGGCCACGCCUCUUGCGUCUCUCCUGGGUGUGAGAGAGAGAGUGCGGCUUCGAGCCGAACACAACCCUUUACUGGAGGCCUACUUCUGUAGCACAAGCAAACACCCCUCACAGAGCUCCAUGGAGAGUUUGAGCAAACAGACGGGCGGCUCGGUGCGCCAGGUCCAGAGGUGGUUCCGCCGUCGCAGGAACCAGGACCGGCCCAACCUGGUCAAGAAGUUCCGGGAGGCCAGCUGGAGAUUUACCUUUUACCUUCUUGCUUUCAUUGCUGGCCUGGCUGCACUCAUUGAUAAACCCUGGCUCUAUGACUUGAAAGAAAUGUGGAGUGGAUUUCCUGUGCUGACCCUCCUGCCCUCGCAGUACUGGUACUACAUGAUAGAGCUGGGGUUCUACGUUUCCCUGCUGUUCAGCGUGGCCACGGACGUCAAGCGCAAAGACUUUAAGGAGCAGAUUGUUCACCACUUGGCCACCAUCACGCUCAUCAGCUUCUCCUGGUGCGUCAACUACAUCCGGGCGGGGACCCUGAUCAUGCUGACCCACGACGCCGCCGACUACCUGCUGGAGUCAGCAAAGAUGUUUAACUAUGCAGGCUGGAGAAAAACCUGCAACUACAUCUUCAUCCUCUUCGCCGCCAUCUUCAUCAUCACUCGCCUCGUUAUCUUCCCCUUCUGGAUCAUGCACUGUACCUGGGUGUACCCGGUGACCAUAUACCCCCCGUUCUUUGGGUACUACUUCUUCAACGGGCUGCUGCUGGUGCUGCAGUGCCUGCACAUCUUCUGGGCCGUCCUCAUCAUGCGCAUGGCCAUCAAGUUCCUACCGGGAAACAAAAUAGUGGAGGAUGAGAGGAGCGACCGCGACGAGACGGACGAGUCUGAGGAGGAGGAGGACCAGAAAGAGGGACAGGGGAAACCCACCAAAAACGGCCCCGUGCGGAACGGCCAUCCGGCCAUUAACAACAACCACCGCAAGACGGAGUGACCCCCGCAGAGGGGGGGGGGGGGCGCGAGGGGGGGCGUGGCCAGAGCGCAGGAAGAACUCUCCUCUCUCACAGAGGGAACGGGGCUCCUGUCACACACACACCGAUGAACACUAGACACACACACACACACACACGCACUCACUCCCACCGAGACCAACGCAGACAGCCAUCCGCUGACCGGUAGAGAAGCAACACUAAACUCCUGCCUUUUCUGUCUCUGGAGAGGAGGAAGAGGACGAAGAGGAGGAGAGAGGGAUAGCAAAUGCCAUUAGCGUAAUCUGAACUUUUAGUGCCUUUUAACAGUCAGGUUGUGUCCCUUCUUUCUCUGUCUGUUUCUCUCUCUCUCUCUAUUCCCUUCCCCUCUCCUUUUCUCUCCCUGUGCCUGCCCCCCCCCCCCCCCCCACCCCUCAGUCUUAUUCACUAACCCUGUCCCACUGUGAGGUUCGUCCACUGCGUCCACAUCGACUCCCCCCACACACACACACACACAAAAAACACUGAAAGGAAAUAUGUAAGCAAAGAGACUUGAGAAUCGUGUCACCAUUCUGUUCCUGGUCAGUAUUCUGUGUGUAAAGCGCACGUGCGCUGUGAUUGGUCCUGAAACUGACUGCUCGAUGCUGCCUUCUCUGGCCGAGUGCCUGUUUUUGGGGGUUUUUUUCCCUUCAAAUUGUGGCAUAAUUGUCACUUUUGCCCUGACUGAACCAUGUUCAGACCACGGGGGAAUGUGUGCCAGUGUUGGGCUGCCACCGCAGAAAAGCAUACAGUACAGUGUCCUCGUAACCCCCCUCCUCCCCUUUGUAACUUGGUUCAGUCCGGCGGAGGCUUCGCUGGUGCUGCCUCCCGUUCCUCGGUGGGUCGCACGCGGAACGCCGGAUGAAUCGUUUCGCGGGUGUUUGAAGCAGCGUAUUUACCGUGCGUAUUUACGGCAUAGGGUAACUCUGAGACUGCACGGCAGUUUGUUUCAUCUAACGUAGCACGCGCCAGUUGUGUUUACCUUUUUAUUUUAUUUUUUUUUGGUUCAAAUUCGAUUUAAAAAAUAAAUCAGCCCAAGAAGAGCCGUUUUAAACGUUUCAAAGGGAGAGUAGAAAACAGCAUGAGCUGUUUUUGCUCUCGUGUGUUUAAAUUUCUGUUUCCGUUAGUCUGUCGAAUGCGAAGUCUUUCCAGGAGCAGGAAAUCGCACUAAAUGAAUGAAUUUAUUUUAAUAUGAUUUUUUUUUGGGUUUAAUUUUCUGAUGAGAUGUUACUUUGGGUUUUAAUUUGUUUUUUAAACCGAAGAGCCAAAGUCACCCAGAUUGACCAUCUUUCAAUCAUGCGUACCAUUAUUGUCCAAUCCCUUUAAGUUUAGUCCAAUUGAGUACCGAUCAGUUGCAGUAUACUGUAGUCCAGUAUAGUACACCAUGCAGUAUUCUAAUCUAGUACAGUUGAUUUCUUUUACAGUAUUAUCCUGUUCAUAUUGUUAUUUUUGAAUGUGUUCAGUGGCUAGUAAUUGUGGGCCAAAAAAAAACUACACAGAAGUUAGUUUCUAGCAAGACUGAGUUUGGGUGUUUUUGUGGAGUCCGGUUUUCUUUUUUCUCCCUUUUUUUUUUUUUUUUUUUGAAAUGCGGGUUUACAGUUUUAUUUAUGCUGAGCGUUUGGGCAGUGGAUGGAUCCGCUUGCUCUGCUACUUAGCGAAGAGUAACGAAGAGGAAAAAAGAAAAGGCCAAAAUGAGAUUUACGUUAUUAUUUCGUUUGAACUGUUAUUUUAUUUCAUUUCGUAAGUGCCUUAUCCGUGAAAGUGUGGAUCCUGUCUGUGUGUUCCUAAUUCCUCCCUCUUACGCUGCUAAGCGCCUGAUUCUUCCCUUUCUGGUCGUCACUUCCUCAUUACUACUCAUUCUCAUUGGCCCUGCCAAACUCGAUCACCCAAUCACACUCUGUUCUGCUGUGGUCUUUCAUUCCAUUUUGCUCAUAAUUCUAACCAUGGCUGCCACAACCACCCCCCCCUCACCACGAACACCCAUCCCUUUCUUCUUACCUGUUCCAGAAAACAACAGCAGCUCCCUUAUUGCAAUGUUUUAAUUUUGUAUUUUUUUUUUUUUUGUUAUGAUGCCAAAAUAUAAGAUUCAAAUUAUGACUAUGAA